ACAAUUAUAACCGCGUCUCAUUUCUCAGGUAGCACCACUACUGGCAUAACCAUGCUAAUGUUCAACAUAUUGAUAUUAGUUUUGAGCUCAGCCUUAGUGGACGCAACUCAACAGUGUACCGUGACUGAAAUAAAAAGUCUGUUAGAAGGAUGUGAUAGGGUAUCGGGCUUGAACAUUACCAGUGUCGGGGGAACUAUCGUUAAUGAUCACAAUUGCGAUGUUCUUCUUCCGAAACAAGUAUUCAUGGAGGAACCUCUGUAUCAAUUUCAAUUGGCUGACUCGAAAAAAUUCUACACCCUCAUAAUGGUCGACCCAGAUGCUCCACCUCAAAUAGAAGGCGAAUUUUUCUUGCAUAUGCUGAAAUCGAAUAUUAAUGGUCUCGCUUUGAAGUCGAAGGACACUCAAAGUAUGAAAACAACAGGAAUUGAUUACCGAGGAUAUAAACCUCCAACGCCACCUCGCGGAACCGGUCCACACCGCUACAUUACGAUACUAUAUGAACAAGCAGAUGGAAACAACUUUUUACCUACCGUGCCACAGACUAGAAACCGCUUCAUCCUAGCAAAUUGGUUGCGCGGAAAAUCACUCUGCGGUCCAGUGGCUGGCAUUCAGUUCCGAUCUCAAUUCUAGAUGGCGCUACUAGUUUAUAAAUGUAACAAAUAAUGACAUCAUUUAUAAUAACAUAUUAAAUUGAUACAAAAUUUGUCUAUUAAAUAAUCGAUAUUUUUUUACUUCUUGAUCAGUUUAUUUUCAUAGUUUCAUUUCUACUGCAGCUGCAGUUAUAUAGAUUUAGUGGAUUCAGUACUUAAUUGGUUUUUUAUUUCUAGAUGUCUACCUACACCGAGAAAUGAAACACCCACCUAUUUAAACCAAAAAUAUCUAAACUGACAAUUAAAAAAACUGUAAAAAUACAUAGGUAAUUGAAUUAAAAAGUAUUUAUUUAGGUACAUAAACAAAUUGUAGGCCUCUAGGAACCCAAACGAAUAAGUAAGUAUUAAGUAUAUCUUGUUACUUAUACGACCUCGGUGGAGCAGUGGCAAGGUUCGAUCCCCGGUCGGGUCAUAACGGAAAAUAAUCUUUUUCUGAUUGGCCCAGUUUUUGGAUGUUUAUGUGUAUUUGUUAUAAAAUAUAGUAUCGUUGAGUUAGUAUCCCAUAACACAAGACUCGAACUUAUUUUGGGGCUAGCUCAAUCUGUGUGAUUUGUCCUAAUAUAUAUAUUUAUUUAUUUAUAAGUAAGUUCUUCUAAAUUGUAACGAUAUUAUAUUUUAAACUAUUUUAUCUACUACGUUUUAUAUACUUGAUACUAAGCGUCAAUGACUUACUAAAAAAUAGUCUUUGAGUUUAAACGAGAAAAUUAUAAACUCUAUAAACCUAUAGUUAUCUUGUUCGUCACAAUUUCACUGUACCUACCUAUAAUAAAUUAGUGGCAAGUAAUUAAAAUAAAUACGGUCUUUCGGU